AUGAAAUUGAUCCUUGUUGUCACGUGUGCCUUCCUGGCCGUGGCUGUGGCCGCCCCGCCAGAGUCCGAACCUGCCAAGAUCCUGCGCGCGGAUUUCGACCAAAAACCCGACGGUUCCUACCAUAUAGAUGUGGAAACUGAAGACGGAUACAAACGUGAAGAAGAAGGCAAGUUGGUUGAGGUCAACAACGAAGAAGGCAAGCCCGUAAAAGUGCUUGUUGUCCGCGGCUCUUACAGCUACAACGACCCCGAUGGCAAUAUUCAGAGCAUCGCUUACUCCGCUGAUCAGAACGGCUUCCAAGCUGAUGGCCCCUCCGUUCCCAAAAACCCUCCACCUAGUAGGAGAUAA